GGCUGCGCGGUGCGGUGCCGGGGAGGAGCGCAGCAGCGCUGGUGGCUGCACCCAGAGCCCGGCUGUGGAGAUGUGGCCGCAGAGGGGAGGGGAGCGAGAGCGGCGGCGCCUUCCCCCCGGAGAAGAGCGAAGUUAAAUAGGCAGCGCGCCUCUGCCGCGAUCCUCUCCCCUCCUGGCUCCCAGCCUCCGGCGAGACCCCUCCUUCUCGCCCGCCGUGCCCGUACUGCCGCCCCGCCCGGGCCGCGGGCGGUGGGGUUGAGCGCGGCGCGGUACGGUGCGACCCCCCGGCACCGCCCGCCCCGCGGAGCCGCGACGCCGCUCGCUCCCGGGAUUCCAUGCCUGAGGCGCAGCGUCCUGCCGAGCCGCCCGUCUAACAGCAGAACCCAGCCAGCUGCAUGGGAGGAGAUGAGCGUGGCGGGGAAGCAGCCGCCUCCAGCACCUCUUGAGCGCCCCGGCAGCCUCCUCGUCCCCACCUGGACUAAAACUGGUAUUGCUUUGUUGUAUGAUGAAGUAUCUGAAAAUGCUUAUGACAUCCGACUGAAGCUCACAAAAGAGGUAUUAACAAUUCAAAAACAAGAUGUCAUCUGUGUUAGUGGAAGUGAUCGCAGUGCAAAUAACUGUUACACUUCAUAGACAACCAGUUGGUGGCUUGGGCUUAAGCAUAAAGGGUGGUGCUGAGCAUAAAGUGCCUGUCGUCAUAUCAAAAAUGUUUAAAGACCAAGCAGCUGACCAAACUGGAAUGUUAUUUAUAGGAGAUGCAAUAACACAGGUUAAUGGUAUUAACGUAGAAAGUGCUACCCAUGAAGAAGUGGUACACCUACUGCGAAAUGCUGGUGAUGAAGUUACCAUUACUGUUCAGUACCUCAGGGAAGCUCCAUCGUUUUUAAAGCUCCCAUUAGGUUCCCCUGGACCAUCCAGUGAUCACAGUAGUGGAGCUUCAUCACCUCUCUUUGACAGUGGCUUGCAUUUAAAUGGGAACUCAGCUAACACUGCUCCAUCAUCACCUUCUUCGCCCAUAGCUAAUGAACCAAAAUACGAAAAGCGCUGGCUAGACACCUUAUCAGUUCCUCUGUCAAUGGCUCGAAUCUCGAGGUACAAAACUGGAACAGACAAAUUGAGAUCUAAUGCAUUUGAAGUGCUGGCACUCGAUGGAGUUAGUACUGGGAUACUUCAGUUUUAUACAGCCCAGGAGAGUGCUGACUGGCUGAGAGCAAUAUCAACUAACAUCAGUGAUUUGACACUGCAAAAUAUGAAAAUGGCAAAUAAAUGCUCUUCUCCGUCAGACCAGGUUGUUCAUAUGGGAUGGGUACAUGAGAGACUUGAAGGAACUGAUUCAUCUCAGCUCUACAAAUUCAAGUUUCUGGCACUGAAGGGUUCAUCCUUCUACAUUUUCAGUACUCCACCGGUAAGCACACUAGACUGGGUACGAGCUGAAAAAAUGUAUAACCUCUGUGAGGUUCUAUUUAAAAUUCACAAGAUGAAGAAUCACAUACUGAAACAUAUCUUUCAGCUCUGGCUUGCUGAUGAUUGCUGGCUACAAGCAAACUUGUAUUUUGGUAUUCAUCAGGACUUCGAUUUUGAAGACCACAGGCCAUAUUGUUUCAGUGUUAUGGUUGGACAUGGCAAAAGUCAUUGUUUCAAUGUAGAGCUGGGCAGCGAGUUGGCAGUUUGGGAGAAAUCAUUUCAAAGAGCAAUUUUCUUGGAAGUUCAAAGAACUGGGUCUAAAACAUAUAUGUGCAGUUGGCAAGGGGAUACUCUAUGUUUCACAGUCGACUUUGCUCUGGGAUUUACCUGUUUUGACAGUAAAACAAAGAAUGUACUGUGGAGGUUUAAAUUCUCUCAGCUCAAAGGCUCUUCAGAUGAUGGGAAAACAAAAGUAAAGCUGCUUUUUCAGAAUCCAGACACCAAACAAAUAGAGACAAAGGAACUUGAAUUUCAGGAUCUGACAGCAGUUUUACACUGUAUUCACUCCUUUAUAGCUGCAAAAGUGGCAUCUGUGGAUCCAGUAUUCAUAGACAGCCAGAGUAUUGCAAGAAAAUAUAUGUACAGUAACUGAUAUAAAUGUUGUGACUAUGGCAAAUAAAUUAUUUUCUUAAAGAAAGUAGUUAUUUCAUGCACAAUAUUGCAACUUUGUGAUUUUCUAAGUCUAUAGUUGUGUUAUCUGUAAUGUUAACAGUUUUCAUGAUCUGUUUAACAUCUUGAAUCUAUGAGUUAACAAAUACUAAAUCAAACUGAAUCAGUUUGUUGUCUUCAGCACUAAUCUAAUAUUCCGAGCAGAUACUCAUUCAAUAACAUUUGUGGUAUCACUUUGAUUUCUGUUCUCAUGGUCAUGCAUACCCCCAAAUAUUAGAUAAAAACACGGACUAACAUUUGAAAAUGUAUGUCCAAAAAUUAGGAUUUUUAAGUGUAUUUUGAAAAUUGCUGGACACAAAGACAAUUUCUACAGCCCUCACUAAAAAGAACUAAUUAUUGUAGAAAACGACAAUAGGAAUUGCACUUUCAUCUUUCUUUAAUGUGUUUGAAAAUUUAUAGUUCCUCAGUCCAGUAUUUUUGAGUCCAGAGAGUUAGAUGUGGCAUAACACGAAGUACUCUGUCUCGGACUGAGGAAAAGAUUCAAGCCCAUACUUGAUUCUGGCCUUAUUAUGUAGCCUAAGUGUAUGCGGAAGGUAAUGCUAUGUAAUGUAUUUAAAUACCUUGCUAGAUCAAAUGAAGCACUUUGUCCCCCACACCUCUAGCCAUGUAUCUUACAUAUCCAUAUAUCUUACAUAUAUGCUUAAACACAAAUGAAAAGAGGAUAUGGGUCUAUUUUUUGGCUUGUUCUUAGAAUUUCUUCUGAAAUCACUUUCCUAUUUGCACAGAUAAUGCAUCCUGAUAUUAAAAAAUUAUUGAAGGAAGACAUUUUAAUCUUAGGGGUAAGUAAAAACAAGUAUUCCAGUCUUCUGAAAUAAAGAUCUCAGUUGUUUUCAACUGUAGUUUUGAGGCAACAUCAUGCAAUAUUAUGAUAUUUUGAGAAAGGAAAGAAAAAAAAAAUUAAACUCAGGCAAUGUAUAACAGUGCAUAUGGAUCAAAGUAAUCAAACGAUUUUCUAAAUUUUAGCUGUCUAAGAAAGUGACCUGCUAGAAUAAAAAUCUAAAAUCACUGUAUACUAAGCAGAUAGGUGCCUUUAAAAGCUCUCAGGUGAGAAGUCUUUUUACUUAACUUCAAUGUCUGAAUUUAAUUAGAGAGGUUCCACAUCUGUCUUAAGGCAGGUAACUGUCUUGAAAGACAGCAGUGGAGCUUUGGGCACUUAUUUUAAAGGAAUGCUUAUCUGCCCACCUAAAGCAUAGGCACAGAUAAAGUGCUUAUAGUUGGUGAUUUGAUCCUACGACAAAGAUUGCUUACUGCAAAGAGAUAUCUUGAGAAAAAAUAAUUUAAAUGUUAGGGAUGCUGUUUGCAAUUCCACUGCUGUUUACAGAUCUAAUGUUUGCAAGGAGGUAUAGUAGGACAGCUAACUCCCUUUAAAACGUUUUUUAGAAAAGUUGAGCAAUAUUUUUAUUAAUUGUAAAUAAACUUUUAUAACCAUUACAGUAUUUUCAAUAAGCAGCAUCUCAAUUUUAUGUCUAAAAAAAAAAAAUCAAAAAUUGUCACUCUCAAACACACUUUUAUUCAAAAAUUUUAAUUUAAUUUUCAGCUUUCCUUUUAAUUUUCAGCUUUUUAUGUUUACUGAGAUUUUAACAUUCACAAAUGGUAGCAUUAAAAACUGAAAGGCUUUCUUAUAGUCAAUUCUCAAUUAUUAGUGUGAAAAAUUAUAGAUAACAAAGUGACUGUAGAUUGAAGCAUGGUGGAAAUCUUCCUCUGUUUUACUUUAAUUCUCUUAUGUACAAAGUUCAGCACUAGCAUGGCACUAGUGUAACUUGAGUGGAAAAACGUACUAGUUAGCACUAGACUAAGACUAUGAUCAGGCAUCUAGACAGUGUUAUGUUUUAAGUGUAACAAAAAGCACAGCUUAUCUUUCCAAAUAUCUUUCCACUUGCAGAUAUGAUGUUGAGUGAAUGUCUAGUGCCAUGAAUUUAAAUCAGAGAGAGGUAUAUCACUGCCAUAUAAACUAACGAUCACUACAGCAUAGGCUAGGGCACUGGACUUGAACAAUGCUAUUGAUUUAUUAAUCCAGUUCCUAGCAUUCUUUGAUCAAAGUUAAUUAAAAUCUGCAGAAAAAUUCCUGUGCACAAUUAUGAGCUGAGUGAGCUCAGAUCUGUUCCCAGUGAGCGGCUCUGUUGUGCUACCAGUUUAAAACACCAGAGAGUUUAGUAGAUAUGAUGUGUCUAGACCAUGCCAGAUGGCCUUAGGGGUACAAUAUGAGCCCUGACAAUUUUAGCUUUAAAUUUAGAUGCUGCUAUAAAAUCUCACCCCUGCACCUGACCUUUUUUUUUUUUUUUUUUUUUUUUCUUUCUUAUUAUUAAAGCAUAGAAUUUGCAUAGAAUUAAAGCAUACAGUAUGGUGGCUGUGCUGAACCAGCCAAAGCUCAAGUUCUGGAAAUCUGACUUAAUUCUUUUUUCUAUAAGAUCUUAAGGAACAGUAAGUGUUUCAGAGUGAUAGCCACUCUUGUACCAGUAGUCCUGAAACUUAUUACAAUUAUUAUCUGUGGGGGAUAGCGGGAAGAUAAACUCUAACAGACAUUGCAAUCCUAAAUCUACAUCUUGUUUUCUACCUGAAGUACAUUAAUUCUUAGGUAAUUUCUAAAAAGGAAUGCCUUUUCAGUAAAAUGGGUGUAGGCCAAUCUUUGUAGUUGCAUAAGUAGUAUUUAUAAAUGGCAGAAUUUCUUUCUAAGGAGAUUACCAUAAAUGCUUCUAUUGUCCAUAUUUUGUAGCACCUCCCCACUUUCCUGAAUGUCAUAGUGAAGGGAGUGUAGUUGCAAUGUAUUUUUUCUGCUUUUUGUUGAACAAGAUGAUUUAAGGCAGUGAAGUUUGCACACCUGUUAAAGCUUCUCAGCACACAGUGUUGCAAUGCUGAGGAGUUGGCAUCCAUUUCUUUGAAAGAGUACAGAAAUGCUCCUGCAGGCAGACCUCUGCCUUGAAAGCCUCCACAAGAAGUGCCAUUUCCACCCUUCCAUGAAAGGAGACUGAAUGCAAGCUCUGAUUUGCCUCCACAUGCUCCCUGUGCCUGUGGCAACAGAUAGAAAAGUAUGUAUUUUCUCUGCUAUGUCAACUUGAUCUACUGUAGUUGAGUUUUGGUUCAAUGUAGUCUGCCCAGGUCCUCCAGUAAGCUUCUGGCGGCAAAGAGGGUGGACAUUAGGGAGGAAGUAGUCUCUUUCCUCCACAUGUUCUUGAGAGAUGAAGAUAUGUCUGUGGUGAUUUCUGCCCGUCUUUCCGAACUGGGAAGUAGAAUUGGAAGUGGAUCAAAACACUGCAAAACCUGAGGCAGGGAGAGGACAGACAGAUGGACAGACUGUGCAAUCUUAAAAGUCUCUUUACUCAAGCAUGAAAGUAACUAUUAAAUGCAUUUCAUUGUUCUUUCAGUGUACUUCUCCUAUUUUACAAUGAUAAUCACUGAGAUAUGGUUGCUGAAUAGAGAACUUUAAAAGAAAAUGUUAAAUGUAUCGUUUAUUUAUAAAAUCAUGUAUCUAACUUCUUAAUGUAUGCUUCAAAAACAUUUAGGUACUUCUGUGUUGAAGCAUGUUGAGAAGGGAUUAUCUCAUGUGAAGUAAAAGACUUUGUAGUAAAUUUGUUAGAAUUUAGCCUGGUUCAACCAGAAGAAUUCCACAAGUGAAAUCUUUUCAUUAAAUCUAAAUUUAUUAAAAACCAUGGACUCAAGCCAAAAUCCACUGCUGUUUAGAAACAGACUCCCAGUGACAUAAGCAGGACUUAAACUGAAAACUCAGAAAAAGAUAUACUAUUUUAAAUAAUCCAGACAGAGAGAGAAAAAAGCUUUCUAAUAUUGCCUUGAUCCACAGCUGCCUACACUGUCAAUAAAAGGGUUUAAUUCUGCAGAAAAGCUGCAGACUUUUGAAUGAGAAAUCAAUUUCCACUGAUUGGACUGGAAGUUAUAACCUUUCAGUUGGAAAGACUUGCAUGGUGCCUUGUAGGAAUUGCAGUUAUGCAGGUAUUGAUACCUCCAGUCCUCUAGUCCAGAUGUAUCAUAUGCUCUUUUUAAUAUUUUUUUUACUUUUUUUUUUCUUUUUUUACGGAAGAAACAUGAUAUAUCAUUAAGUCUCAUUACAGUGGGAAUUGAGAGUGGUAGAAAGGUCAGAGCUGCAUAGGAGACUGCGUUGCACAAGAGCCUUUUGCUCUUGUAAACACUGCAGUGGUAAUAUGUAGGGAAAGCAUUACAAGCUGAAAGGUUUUAAUUUCUGGAGAGUGUGAGGAUACAGGAAGAAAAUUAUGUUAGUGAAGGGAUUGGAGAUUUUUACCAGUGGUGCUUGUUGGUUGUUUUUUAAUGCAGAAAUUCAUUUUUUUACUAGAAAUCGGAUUUACAAGAAUUGGGUGAACAUGAAAGAACAAUUGGAGGAAAAGAUAUGUAAUGUUCAUACAUCUAAUUUCUUAGUACUGUUAUAACUGUGAGAGUGCUUCAUUCUUUCUUUAUUUAAUGCUUAGCUGACUGUGACUGUCAUAGAUCUGUAGGAUUGCCAGAAUACCAAACAGGGAAAGGAAGUUAAAUGUAUUAACAACUUUAUUUUUCUUUCUCAGUUACAAACUGUUCUUGGAAUAUUAUUUGUGGAAUAAUAAUAAUAAUAAUAAUAAUAAUAAAUAAUCUUUAUAUAUAUUUAUAAAUAAUAAUAAUAAUAAAUAAUCUUGGAAUAUUAUCUAUAGUGUAUAGUGUAGGAAGCCUCCAGAUUGUUACAUUCUUCAAAUAUGGUAGAAACGUUAUACUCAAUGUUUAUUAAUGAAUUCGUGUAGAAAUUAGUUAUCUAGUCUCUGUUGAUCAGCUGAUCUCAACUCUCUAAUCACUGGAGAGAAAUUGGAAGUGGCAAGGAGUGCUUUCCUCCCACUUGCUCAAAAGGCCAGGCAGAAGAGAGCAGUGAGGAGGGAAGAAAAAAAAAAAAAAAAAAAAACAGGGCCUGUUUUUCCAGCCAGCACUUUACUACCUAGUGCUUAGUAUAAAAUAUGUCUAAAAUGAGGCAGUAAAAAUUGUGCGAAUUUGUAGACUGGUUCUAUAUCCCAUGGGAUACAUUGGCUCUUGUAACAUCAAGCUACUCAUAAAAUAUAUAUAUAUUUUUUACUGCGUCUUUAAGCACUUUGUUCAAUUGGCAUUCAGAACUGAGCUAAAUUACUGCCCUUUAGUAUAUCCUAAAUCAUCCAUAAGCAGAUUUCAUUAUCAGCUCACUGUUUUCUUAUUGCACAGAAGCUGGACAAAUAUUCCCCAGCAGAUUUAAUGUGAAUAUUUAAUUGGCUUUAGGGAUAAAACUUUCCCUGUUUUAAAGUAGAAAUCCUUUACUGAACCAAUAUGUUUAGGCAGAUUAUUUUGUUGUUGGAUAAAAUAGGAAAAAAAAAAAAAAAUCCUAAAACUUUUCUCACCAAGACUUUGGGAAGUACUGUGGUUUGCAUUUGUCUUGUGCUCUAGCUUUAGCCAGUACUGCAAAGAAGAGAUUUUGACAUAAAGGUAGUGUUUUCCCUCAACUGUCUAUUACUAAAACCACGGUGACUACCACAGAAGUCCCAGCGCUUAGUAGCACACUUUGCAUCUUGGUAUUCUGUAUAUACUUGACCUUUCUUAGUCCUCAAGUGAAGAAAUGAAUGCACUCAGGGAGAAGUAGGAAAUGUAGUAACUUUGAACAUCUGCUGGGUUGAAUGUCAAAACCACUUCUGGGUUUUAGUUCUUCAUGGCAGCAAAUUAUGUUUUUAUCAUCAUUUUUAGCAUUAUUACAGUUUUAUUUCUCCCCAUCACUAGAAUAUUCAUAGCAAGGUGGAAGGAAUUGGAAUUGGAUCAAAAAAUGUUUCGUACUUCAUUUGCCCUUCACCUUUCUUUGGAUCAAGGCACUGAGGGUGUUCUAAAUAUUAAUUUUUUGUAAACUACUCUAAAAUGUAGGAGAGAAUACUGUCUUAUGGCAGUCCCAAGUUCUGAGUUUGUGGUCAUUAUAACUUACACAGAAUUAACUUCUUCCCAACCCUGCUGUUUAACUCCCUGAAUUUGUUUUAGAUCUUUAGUUUUAAAAAGACCUCAAAAAAUUCUUAAAUGUUUUUUUUUAAGAAUCUUUUUCAUCCAAAAGAAGUAAUUUUCUAUAAUUUCAAAUACUCUUAAUGUCUUCUCUUGCCACAUAAACUACUUCUAUUCAUUUAAGAUUUUUUUGCAUUUCAUUUUAAUACAUUUCUUUUAACACAUUUCUUAAACACUGUUUUAUAUCAUGGAGGGGAAAAUUUGCAAUUACAAUCCCUAAAACAACCCCAUAACUCAUAGUUUUUGAGAGUUCAUAUGAAAAGGAUGUAAAUGAGAAUUCUCUUUUGCUUUUAUGGAGUAAUUUCCCUUAUGAAUCUUUUUUAAAAGACUUGUUUGUAGAACUUUUAUGGGUUUUUCUCUUGGAAAAUCUUGCACCAUGCUCCUUUCUUGUCUGAUGUAGUCUAGGAUGAGCAGUACUUCUUUCCUUGAUAAUUGGUAUACAGCUCUCAACAGUAACCACCUUUUCAUCAAUAGUAAAUCCAUUUCCAUGGCAUGCCCCCUUAUGAUUGUCUUUAAUCAUGCUAAGAGGCAUGUAGGUUUCCUGGAUUUUUGCUUUCCCUAUCUAAAUAGCUUUGCCAGCCAUCAUCAUGUGGUUUCUUAUACUCAGAAUUGCUUAUCUCGUUUGCCUUCAGAGGAACUGUUCUCUUAGUCUGAUGCAACUGAUUUUUUUUUCCUAACAAUAUGAGCAAAUAGAUGAGGUUCAGGUGUCUUUUAUUAUUAUUUUCAGUAUUCUUUUAUAAUAAGCACAAUAUUUUUUCUACCAUCCACAGGUACACAACUUUGCAAACUGCCUGUAGAAGUAUUUUAGCUGAAAAUACAUGUAUGUAAAACUUUGAGUAAUAAUGGGCCCCAGUUUUCCAUAAUGCUUACUAGUCAAUUGCUGCUUUUUCUUUUCUUUUCUUUUCUUUUCUUUUCUUUUCUUUUCUUUUCUUUUCUUUUCUUUUCUUUUCUUUUCUUUUCUUUUCUUUUCACUUCUUUUCUUUUCUUUUUCAGUGCAUAUUUAUCUGCAUUAUACAUUUCUCUUUGAUUUAUCACACCAUUUCACAUAUUUUUUCAGGUCAUUUUUUCUGAAAGAUUGUAUGUUGUGUUCAUUUGUUAUACUUCUUUCCAAAGAAAUUGAUCAACCUUUGUUCUUUUCUAUUUAGAUUCCCAUUUCUUGAUAUGAAAAAAAAAAACAAAAAACAAAAAAACAAAAACAAAACAAAACAAAAAAACUUCAGCAGCUUGGAGAAUUUUUUCCAUGGAAAUGGAUUUACUACUGAUGAAAAGGCGGUUACUGUUGAGAGCUGUAUACCAAUUAUCAAGGAAAGAAGUAUUGCUGCAUUGAUUUUUUUGUUUGUUUGUUUGUUUCACUGCAUUUUUUAUUUUUGUUGACAAAAAGAAAUAAAAGUCAGAUUUUUAAUUUUUUAAUGCUAUGCUGAAUCCUACUCUUCAUAUUCCUACAUUUUUUCUUUUAACUUGAUUUUCAAAGCAAAAGCAGCAUUUUCUAGAAGAUACAUUGUACUGGUUAUGUCUCUGUGGCAUGAAAACAUCUGCUCCAAAUUCAUAUGCUUGGAGUUCAAACUGUAUGAAAAAAGAGUCACAAGUGUUUACAUAGGGCAGCUCAGUAUUCACUAUUCUUUAACAUCUCAGACUUUGAAAACUGCUGGGAGUGCGUGCAGGCAUAGUUUAAUUAGUUUGAACUUGAAGUAGAAUUGAAACUGAGGGAAUUGAUGUUUCAUUAAACACUGCAAAUAUGAGGAAUAUUUUUCUUACACAGAAAAGACAAAAUAUCCCAGUACAGGAAAUAUAAUGGCUUCAUCAUAUUAAAAACUUACCGAAACCAUAUAAGAACUACAAUUUUGAGUCCAAUCAAGAUUUUAAAAACCUAAAAAAGCAAACAUUCAGGAUCAAAUACUGAGUAAGAAUUUUCCCAAUGAUUCAGCACUUAAAUAAAUAAAUAGACAGACCUCUUAUACAAGAUUUAAAAAGCUGAAUUCUUAACACCUAACAGUAUGGCACACCUGCAUGCACUGUGUGCUAUUUGCAGUGUGUCUGCAAACUGUAAGAUUUUCCAACAGAGAACAACCUCCAACUAGCAAAAAAAUACAGACAUGAUGACACUCAACAAAAAGGAUACAAAGGCGGUAGGAGACCAGGGUGUGAAACAUCCACAGAGGUUCACUUAGAGUCAUCUGAAUCUGUAACUCCUCCCUUGCUACGAAUAGGUCUUGAAGUGAGAAAAAAAAUCUCACCUUUCUAAUUAGUUGUAAUUAUUUAGAUUUCCCCACACAAGUUUAGUAGUUAAAAUUGCUGAAUACAAAGCCAUCUACUCAGACACUCAUUUCAUAUUCCUAGACCUUUACAGUUGUUUACUGAGCAUGUUUCACUUAAUAUCUGCAAUGGGCUAGGAGCAUACUUGCGGAUAAUUGCUUUGCCUAAGCUGAUGAGUGGAAGUCAUUAGGCUGUAAUAGGCUGAUUACCUGUUUGUUUAUCAGUGAAUCCAUCCUUUGAUUUCUGGGGUCAAACAGGUUAACCAAAUUGGACAUGUGCUUCAGGGGUGGGUUUGAAACAAAAUUAAGAAUAUAGAAAUAUGUGGAGUCUCCUUCUCUGGAGGUACUAAAGACCAGCCUGGAUGAUUUCCUUUGAGACCUACUGUAGGAAAGUGCUUUAGCAAGGUUUUGAUCUCCAGAGGUCCUUCCAACUGUUAUGAUUCUUUGAAACAAAGAAAUUUCUUCAAAGUACUCCUAGAGUAACAAAAGCAAACAUGAGUAGCUGCAUUAAGAGUAGGAGAAAAUAAGCACAAUUGUUGUACUUUAAAACUCAAUUAAAAAGCCAUCCAUUCUUUCCUAAAUUGUAUCAAAUUAACUCAUUUGUUUUGUACUCAUUGCAGCAUAUUUAAGCAGGAUAGGAAAGUCAGCCUUUAAACUUUAAUAGCAUAACAUUUUCAAAUAUGAAAGGUCAUUUGAUGCAGCUGACUGAUCAGUUGCAUCACUGAUUGAAGUUUCUUUCUUUAAGUUCAUGCUAAAUGUCUUUGUGGUCAUAUGCAGAGUAAUCACAAGUGCAACCUCAGCCACAGCUUCCGGCAUGCACAGAGGCAUUUCAGUGCCCAGCAGUAAAAGGCGCUCUGCAGGCUGCCAGGCCCCUCGUUCUCUGUCAUAAGAUGAAUCACUUCAGUAAAUAGUAUUCUGCUGAAAUUCAGUGAGGAAUAGGAAACUUGAUGUCACUGUAAUAGCUCUAAAGGGCAGAUUCAAUUGUCCCUGCACAAAUGUAAGUAGUGGCAGGCUGAGCUUGGGCUGAGCAGGAAAUGGUUUGAUUAACAGAUCAUUUGAAGUGGAAAAGGCACAGUGACUUAGUGCUUCGUAUAGCUCAAACAAUAUUGGUGGCGAUAGAUGUGUUACAGUAAAGCACAGGAGAAGCUGCAGGAGAGACCUUUUGUUCAAUGUAUUUUUCUGUAGCAUCUAGUUCUUUAGGCUAUUCAGUAAAACACUGACUUUGUCAAUAACGUAUUAUAGACUUCCUGGAGAGGGAGUGCAAGGAAGAAAGGAAUGGAGACCAGGAAUUGUAUUUAAAUGUAGGAGACAGUGGUAUGUUUCUCAAGUACUUCACUGUCAGGAAGUACUAGAAGUGAGAGAUGUCUAAUUCUCCACUUUGUGUUCUCUAAUUCUCUUGCUUCUGUAUCAUUCCACAAUUUUAGCUGUGCUUCCUCAGCUUGUGACAGUUAUGAUCACCACAAUAACCUUUUUUUUUUCUUUUCUUUUUUUCUUUUUUUCUUUUUUCCAGUUUAAGAAUGGUGCCUAAUCACACAGAGGAGUUAUGGAAUUAUAGACUACCUUGGGAAGUCUAAAUUUGCUGUUUUCUCCUGUCCAGAGUGUUCAAGCAACAUCAGGCUGGUUGUGAGAGAUGAAUGCACUUCAUCUAGAAUGACAUGCCAUUUAGUUUCAAACAUUUAACAUUUAUGUGAUUUAUCACAUAAAUGCGUGUGAUUACAGACAAAACCUAAGUAAUUCCAUUGUGUAAAUGGGAUAAGUGCAUUUAUGAGGCACUUGUCUGUAGACCACAAAGCUUUGUGAAAGCAUACAUAAAUACUUCUGACUUGAACUUACACACAGAGAGAUAUAUUUAUGUUGAAGCUUUUUUUUUUUUUUUUUGUGCCAUAGAUGUCUGAAGUGUUCAUAAUAAAGAGCAGGACUCCACAAUCCAUCCCAUAAAGAUCAGUGAUGCUUAGAAGUUUUUUUAAUAUGAAUUCAAUGAUGGAAAAGAAAAUGAUGUUUGAAUUGUGAAAGGGUUCUCUUAAAUGAAAGAACCACAAAAUUAACAGAAAAAAGUGCAAGCUAUUGAGCUCCACUGGAGCUGAUGCAGCCAGGUGCUUGGGCAUAUGUGGAAUGUGUUCUGAGGCACUGCUGAGCUGGCCAGAGUAGGGGGGAGUAGAUGAUCACAACAAUGUAAAGAGCAGAAAAAGAGAAUUACGCAGCAAUCCUCUACAUAGCAUGAGAAGAAAUACUGCUCAAUUAUUCAAAACAGCAGACCUGUCAGAGGAAGUGAAACCUUUUGUGCUAUUUUAAAUAUUUGUUGUGUUAGUGAGAGAUAUUGCAAAUGUAAAUACUUUCUUAAAGCAUGUAAAUGUAUACCUCAUUAUCCAGCUACUCAGGUUAUAAUAUCAUCCAUCCAUAUGGGGAGACAUUAUUAGCAUUCCCCAAGCAAACAAAAUUACAUCCUCCAAGAGGUUGGAUCCCUGGUGGUCACUGCAAGCUUUCCCAACUCAGGCCUUUGCAUUUGCUCACCCUGCAGCUGAUGCAUAUUCACUAGUUCUAUUUUUGCUGUUUGCUCUACUUGUUCACCUAUGUCAGCAUCCUUGGUUUUUGUUAGUGAUUGUAGUGUUGUUUACUUGUUGUGUUUUGAGUUUGUUUAUUUGGUCUAGUGCCUUUUAUCCAUUUCACCUAGAAACCAAAAAAUUACAUUCUAUUAAACAGUUUAUCCUGAUUUUUUCAUUUGGAGCCAACAUUUUAGCCAACUUAAAUCUCUCAGAGACAGUAAGAGAUAGGAGUUUAGCCCCAUAUACAGCUUUCUGACAGCACAAGAAAUACUAGAAAUGAGAGGUGGCUGAUUUUCCUAAUUGUCCAAUUCUUUCUGCAUUGACAUACAAAAUGCCAUUUAUUUUUAAAUUUUCCUUUAACUUGACACCAUCUAGUGUACAUAAGAGAUUGAUUAUUUAUGGCUAUGGCAUUAUCUUUAUAUGACUAUUACAUGAUUAUAGAGGAAAAAAAGAAGAAUUUAUAAUGUUUUUUGCCUUUAUUACUGCUGGAAAAUCCAAGAAAAUGAAUGAAAUUUUCUGCGAAGAGAUCUAUGUUUUAUUUUAACUCAGUAUUUUUGCAUUUUUCAUAGUAUCUUCAUCCAGUAUUAGUCCAGUUUCAACAGAAGCAUGACUAAUGGAUUAAGUGGUAAAUCACUGAUGAUUUUAAAUUAAGGGGAUUUGAAGUUCUCAGUGUGCUUGGGUUUCACUUAACUGUAAAAAACUGGAGACAACAUUAUUCUUUGUGAAAGUGGUUAGUAAAUGCAGGGGAAAACUAAAUGACUUCUCUGUUACCGUAAUGUGUCCCUGAAAUUUGUACUAACAGCAUUCCUGCAUAUUUCCAAGAAUUUCCAUCUCAAAUACCACAGUAAAUUUGUUCACAGUGGGUGGAAAGCAGCAUUUGUACCAGAGCCAUGUAUUACAACUGUGUGAAUUUCCUUCCCAAGGUGAACAGUGUGAAAUAUGUGGCCCCUGCUUCCCCUCCUCCCUAUAAUGUGUGUUCUCUUUUACAAAGUAAAAAGUGAUUUUAAUUUCUUGGAGGAAACAUGAAAAAACACACAUUGUAGAAGUGAAGCAUGGAGUUUGUUUUUUUUUUUUAACUGUGACAUUAACACUUUUCUCCUGAGCAUGAGUAUUACCAACAAUACUGUCUCAAGUUUAUUUGCGCUCCAGUCAUAACAAAGUGUUUCCUCAGCACAGAAUCAUAGAAUCAUAGAAUGACUUGGGUUGGGUUGGAAGGGACCCCAAGGAUCAUCAAGUUCCAACCCUCCUGCUACAGGUAGGGCCAACAAUCUCCAGAUCUCAUACUAGAUCAGAUUGCCCAGGACCCCAUUCAACAGGCUGAUUGCUGCAUACUAUUCUUCAUUGAAAAAUGUGUGUGUUUCAUAUAUUAUUUUGAAUGCCACCUUUUUCUCGGCCAAAGAUGUUAACAUCUUACACAUUUCAUAGGAAAUUUCUUAAACCACUUCCAGACCAAUGCUUUUGCAAAUUACUGGCCAUCAUUGGAAUUCCCUUAGAAUGCAGAGUGUCUAGGAGUAAGUCAUUAAUGGUGGCAUUAACACUCAAGUUUCCCCCCACAACUGCCAUUCAUUCUCACUCCCAGCCUGUAAAUCUUUCCUUGCUGAAAAGGAAAGAUCGUCCUCCAGGAAAUGACAUAAAUUUUAAAAGAUCAAGUGUAUUGAAUUCUCUGGUACAGGAAAAAAAAACUGAAGUGAGCAUGAACACAAGGUUUUCUGUUUUAAAUUUUACAUGCUGUAAAUGCACAGGUUCUUUUUUAAGAAAAAUAUUUUAAUUAGUAUAAUCCUGGCAAGCAAUAACCAUAUAUUAAGCAUUUCCUCAAAGUACACUAGCUCUGUCCUAAAAGUAUAUUAAAAUAUUUAACAGAUCAUAAUAGAGCAUAACCUAAUGUAUGUUUAUAUUUAUAUGGGCACAUAGGGACUGUUUGAAUGUUAUUCAUAUUGGCUAUGUGGCAAUUAAUUUUUUUUUUUUUAGACUAUCUGCAAAUUGUGGAUUUUUCUCCAGUGUACUGGAAACAAUUGAGGGCCAAAAUACUGCAGAACAAAAUGAUGCAGUAAAUUUUAUCGUCUUUGUAGACUGCAAAUGGAACUAUUUACAAUCCUAUAACUGACAGAAAAAAAAAUUAACAAGAUUUUUUCAUAUUCAUAAUAUUUUACGUCUAAAGUUAUAUUCAUGAUAUGUUUUGUUACGUUUUAUCUGGUAAUUUUUUUAAAAAAGGUGUUCUUGUGUGUGAAGAUUUGCUUUGUUUUUUUGUUGUUGUUGUUUUGUUUUGUUUUGUUUUUUUAAUAAAUGCAGCCUUGCAACAUGUGCAUGAUUGUAGUACAUAGUGUAAAAUUAUUGUAAUUUUUUCUUCAGUUCAGGAAGUCAGAACAAGAUUUAAUAAAUAUUAAAGAUUAAACUAGGAAGUAAUAUAAAGGCAGGGUGUAUAUAUUUUGCACUUUUACAUAAUCUUUUAUAAGAGAACCUAUUGUCGUACAGUAUACUGUAAUUCCACUUUCUAGUGAUACUCUUGCUAUUGUCACAGUGCUGUCUUCUGAUUCUGAAUAGUUUGUAUAUGUACACACUUCAAAAGUGAUUUCUAGAAUGGAAUCUGUGCUCCCUGUCAAUGUUACUAACAUCCAACUGGAAAAAUACUCAUCAAUUAUUUUUUUUACAGAUUAUGAAUGUACAGUGUAAAUUAGUAAACCAAAUAUUGUAGCAGUGAAGAGAUGCACUUUAAAAAAAUGUAAAAGUGUUAAUCUCCAAAAGUGUUAUUUUGUAUAGUUGUUUUGAAUAAAUAAUUUAUUGCUCA